AUGGCCGGUGGUACCAGGAACAGGAGGCAUCCCAAGGCCGCAGACCACGCCGUCGCCGAAGCUGUUGAAGCCCCCCUCGGUGGCCGCUCGCCGGUAGCCGACCCAGAUGGGGUUUCACCGGCAGCCAAGGGCACAGAACUGCCGGUGCCGGAGAAGAAGGUCGAUGCGGAGGCGGAGGCGAAGAAGCUGAAGGAGCUCAACGCCAUGCUCCUCAAGGAGGUCAUGCCGCGGCGUGGGCAGGUGGCCACGCUCAGCGCGCGCGUCGAGGAGCUCUCCAUCGCCUCGGUGACCGAGGACGAGCUGGACGCGGAGAAACCGCUCGACCAAGCCGAUGAGACGGAGGUCGCUCAGGAGGCCGAGGAUGUGGCCGCCACGGUCGUCAAACCGGGGGCGGAGAAGAAAGUGGUGACGAAGAAGAAGGCCCCGACCAGCUCAGUCCAGGCACGCAAGGCGGCGGAGGCAGAGAAGAUCUCCACGGCGGCGGCGAAUGCGUCGGCUGAUGAGCAAGCCGUCAUGGCGGGCCCAGCGCCUGGAGGGCGUCCGAGGAGGAACAGGAAGGCUAACUCCAUGUAUCCUUCGGAUACUUGGGCCCGCUAG